CCUACAAAAAAUGGCCACAUGGCCAAUAUAUGCUGCGUAGACGGUAGAACUUUGACGUGUUCAUAUGGAGUCCGGACGGCAUCCCACUCCUAAAUUAAUAAUUUCUCUAUGAGUCUAUCUAAACGCCUCAAGACCCGAACGCCAAAAAACUUGACAAACGGAAUUAGUCAAUUACCAUGUGUUAGUUGUCUGCUUCAUCACUGUUGUCGCCCUCAGGGCUGCAAAGGUGGCGCUGCGUUUCUCAGGGAAGUUAGCCACUCGCCAACGGUCAAGAUUGCGCUAUGCUUGGAUUUGCGCUAAGGUAAAUGAUCGUGAGGUGUUCGUCCGAUGUUCCCAAUGAAAACUUCGUUUAUCCUUUCACUAUUCGACUUCUUAGAUUUUUUUUUUUUUUGGUCUCGGUUUAUAGUUUAUAUUAAAAGCCUAACAAACCAAACGCCACGCUUUUCUUGAACUAGACGUAAGAUCUUUCUGCAGAAGGUAUAUUCCCAUGAAGAUCCUAUUCUAUAGCUGAGGAGGAAAAGAAGAAUGAAAGUGGUAUCUUGCUGAAGCUCCCACAUACUUGAAGCGAUUACAGAUGAGCAAAAAGAUGAGUCUUUCCUAUUAUUUCCCUGUUUUUCUCAUUGUUGUUGCAACUGCCACAUCCGCGUGCCUUGAUGGCCUUGGGGUUGGGAAGGGGCUGCGGUUUUCCGGCAGCUCGCCUUUCAGGAUCGCAUUGUUUGCUGAUCUGCAUUACGGCGAGAACGCCUGGGAUGACUGGGGACCCAAGCAGGACGUCAAGUCUGAUCGAGUCCUGUCAAACGUUCUUGAUAAUGAAACACCAGACUUUGUAAUCUAUCUUGGGGAUGUCAUUACUGCAAACAACCUUCCAAUUCCAAAUGCAAGUAUGUAUUGGGUUCAAGCCAUAUCUCCUACUAGAAUCAGAGGGAUCCCUUGGGCAACGUUAUUUGGUAAUCACGAUGAUGCACAAUUUAAGUGGCCAUUGGAAUGGUUUUCAAUUGCUGGGAUUCCAGAGGUUCAUUGCCCACCGGAGAGCUCAUUUGCAGGAGAGAAGGAUUGCAGCUUCAGAGGAACUACACGAAUCGAGUUGAUGAAAAUGGAGAUAUUAAAAAAUCCAUUAUCUCAUUCUCAAAUUGGUCCUACAGAACUUUGGCCUGCGGUAUCAAAUUAUAUAUUGCAAAUUUCUUCAUCCAAGGACCCAGAAUCACCAUCAGUUUUCUUAUAUUUCCUUGAUUCUGGUGGUGGCUCCUAUCCUGAGGUCAUUUCAUAUGCUCAGAUUAAAUGGUUUCAGGAGCAAUCACAAGCCAUCAAUCCCAAUUUACAGGUCCCUGAGUUGAUAUUUUGGCAUAUACCUAGUCAUGCAUAUAAGAAGGUAGCUCCUUGUCGGAAGUCCUCAAUAAAGAGUCCAUGCGUAGGAUCCAUUAACAUGGAAGAAGUUGAUUCCCAAGAAGCUGAAUGGGGAAUUAUGGAUGCUUUAUUGAACAGGUCAUCGGUAAAGGCAGUCUUUGUAGGGCACAAUCAUGGGCUGGAUUGGUGCUGUCCAUAUGAGAAGCUCUGGCUCUGCUUUGCUCGUCACAGUGGCUAUGGUGGCUAUGGGACAUGGCCACGUGGUUCAAGAAUCCUUGAGAUGACUGAAGAUCCCUUCUCUCUGAAUUCUUGGAUUAGUAUGGAAGAUGGUAGCAAGCACAGCUACGUUAAACUCUCUUCCUGAGUUGCUCUUCUCAUCUUAUCUUUGAGCACAUGAGAGGUUAACAGUGCCUCAGGGGCUCAUUUGAUUCUAUGUAUAUAUUUUGAACUUGAAACAAUCAAAUGAGCCACAGGGAUUAAUUAUUUAUUUGGAUGAGAAUCAUUUGAUUUAAAGAGUCUGAAACUGCC